AUGGCUGUUACUAUGAAACAAAUGGCUCUUUUUGUUUCGUUAUUUGGUGUCAUCUCCUUCAUACUUGGAGUUAUAGCCGAAAACAAGAAGCCUGCUUCUGGUACACCGGUAGCUGUGAAGGAUGGUGUGAGUUGCAAGUUUCCGUCUGAUCCGACCAUUGCGUUGGGUUAUCUUUCUAUCGUGUUUCUCAUUGCGUCAACCGUGGUUGGAUAUCUUUCUCUGUUUUACCCUUACAAAGGAAAAUCUGUUCCACAAGGGGUUCUCUUUAAACACACUACUUUCUCUGUUUUCUUCAAUGUUGCUUUGUUUACAUCUGGACUGGCUGCAACUAUGCUGUUAUGGCCUGUAAUACAGGAGCAGAUUCACCGAUCACGCAAAGUGCAUUUUGAUGCUGCCUAUGCUUGCCCUACAGCGAAAACUGGUCUCAUUGGUGGUGGUGCCUUUUUAUCCCUUGAUUCGUGCCUCUUUUGGUUGGUUGCCCUCAUGUUAGCUGACAAUGUUCGGGAGGAUCAUUUUGACGAUGGAAAGGGUGAGCGUAAUGGUGAGGGUAAUGCUGCUUUUGACGCUUAUGAUGCAAGUUUAGUCAUAUAG